CCAGUAUCUAAUGAUUCUUGCGGUUCGUAUACUUCUACCGACAGCGAGAGAAGGUAUGGCAGCAAUGGGUACACCAAUUAUCACACCCAACCACACCAUCACCACCAACAACAACAACAACCACCAGCACCGGUACCAUCGCUGACAGCAAUAUCAUCUCUACCACAACCGUCAUCGACAGCUUCGGCUACCGGUGCCGAAGACAUGGCCGCGUCUGCCAAGUCUAUGAUAGAGGCCGCCCGUAAGGCCAGGAAAAAUACUAAACGGCUGUGCUUUAAGGGCCUGACAGCUACCGAUGAAUUGUCACCAAUCAGUUCCGUGUCAUCGUCGGUGGACACCGGCUCUGUUCAUAAUUUUCCAUCGGACAUCUCGGAGUCGGGCGAAACGGUGGGCGCAGUCGGCGACUACUCAUCGAAAAACAUGGAGAACUCGUACGGCUAUUCGUGGCGCCGGUAUAGCAAAACGGACGCCCCCUCUGUGGCCAACCGUAUGUCUAGCGUACAGGUGGGCCAAACCAUCAAAGCCGAGCCCCACUCCCGCGUGUUUCAGUACAUAUUGGGCGCGCCCACCGCGUCGGGCGUCAAGCUGGGCGCCAUGACCAUGACCUACUUAAAUCAGGCCCAGCCCUAUGAGAUCCGGCUCAAGCGUAUUUCCGACAUUCCCGGCUAUGAUGGUAAAAAUUUGCGCACAACCAUGCGCUUAGGUUUCGUGGAAAAGCGGCUACAAUACCGGGAGACCGAAGAGAUGCUCAAUUGGUGCCGAACCCACGCCAAGGACCGCAUUAUAGACGUGGACUUUGCCCUCAGUUACGGCGUGUUUGACGUCCAGAUCCAUAGCACUAACAUUAAUGGCCUGGAGUUUGUGUGGAACCCC